GAAAAAACACCUAAAAAACGCAUGUAUUCUUUGGUGUUCAUUUUUAUGGGUUUAUUUCUCGUCUUUUUUCCAUUAUUCUAAUAGCGCGAGAUAGAUGUUCCUUCUGUGCACUCAAUAUUGUGGUCAAAGAAUAAAAAUCAACUCUUACGGUGUAGUUCAAUUUUCUUUCCCUACCCCAUGAUUUCUCGAUAAAUCAAAUCGUCCUACUCUUAGAGCAGAACAUUCGAUGGAUCAGAUUAUGCCAUUUGCAUACUAGCGAGGGUAGUACUGUAUUAAUAAAGUUAUUUUAUCAGUGGCUCUUCUGGAACCUCUAUGGGGGGUAAAGGGUUAAUGAAAAGAAAAAAACAAAAUCAUUUUUUUCUAAUUCUAGCUAGUUAUUUGGUAAAACGUCCAGCUGCAGGAUCGAGUGUAAGUGGUGGUAGCGCGAUUAGUUCAAGUAGUAAUUCAUCUAAUACAAGUUCAAGUUCAAGUGAAUCUCUUUCUCCUCAAACACCUUCAAAUUGGAAAUUAGGGCGACAAUUAGGACACGGUGCGUUUGGUAAAGUUUUUCUUUGCUAUGAUGUUGAUACUGGUAGUGAGUUAGCAAUUAAACAAAUUCCUAUACGUGGACUUAGUUUAGAAACAUCUCGAGAAGUGAAAAUUCUUGAAUGUGAAAUAAAUAUAUAUAAACAAUUAACUCAUGAACGUAUUGUUCGAUACCAUGGUGCUGUAAGAACAGAAGAUUGUUUACAAAUAUUUAUGGAAUAUAUGACUGGUGGAUCAGUACGUGAACAAAUAUUAAAUUAUGGUGCAUUAACAGAACAAUUAACAAAAAAAUAUACGAGACAAAUACUUGAAGGUCUUAUAUAUUUACAUACAAAUCGAUUUAUUCAUCGUGAUAUAAAAUGUGCAAAUAUCUUGAGAGAUAUCUCAGGUAAUAUCAAAUUAGCUGAUUUUGGUACAUCAAGACGACUGAUUGCUAUUACUAAUCAAAAUCAACCAGAUUCGGGUACUAUUGGUACAGCUCAUUGGACAGCACCUGAAAUUAUCCAAGGAAGUAUUUUUGGACGUAAAGCAGAUAUUUGGAGUCUCGGUUGUACAAUUGUUGAAAUGUUAACAACGGGUCCACCAUGGCAAAAUCUUCAACCAAUAGCUGCAAUAUUUCAUAUAGCUACUUGUGAAAAACCAGAAUAUCAAUUGCCAGACAAUGUAUCUAAUUCUGCUCGAGAAUUUAUUGAUACAUGUCUAACAAAAGAUUAUCACCACCGUCCAACAGCUGAAGAUUUAAUUAAUCAUGCAUUUCUAAGCGAUGUUUAUAAUCAUAAUAAUCAUCAUCAUCAUGAACAAAAUUGCAAUCAAACAUCAACAAAUCUCACAUUAAUAUCAUUUUAA